UAAAUGGUCCUUUCUUUUUGGUCUGAUUGGGCUGGUCCACUCCCCCUUGUUACUCCUUCAUUGGCCCAAACCAACAUCAAUCUGUUGAUUUCCAAGUCCCCCUCAAGUUUGAAACUUUUUUUUUUUUUUUUUUUACGAGGAGGAGGAAGAAUCGAGUUACAACUAAGUCUUGUAACCGAUCUCACAGCAGCCGAGAGAAGAAAACACUCUUUUAAUAAUUCACACAUUUGUGCCUGAUACACGGCUACAGAACAAGAAAAGGAUCUAGGAGCUGGUGGACGUUUGUUUUGUUUUGUUACAGUGGGGGAUCCAGAAAAACAAGCGAACAAACACACAACAAAAAAGAAAACAUGCUGUGAAGCGACUUUUUCCCCCCCAACUCUCCUGCCCUGCCAGGAUGAAGACUUGUUCAGAUUAACUUGUCGUCUUGUUGGUUGACCGCUCCUGUGUCCCGCUUCGAGGUGAAGGAAAGACUUGAUCAUGGACUCCUUCAGCACGAAGAGUUUAGCCCUGCAGGCGCAGAAGAAGCUGAUGAGCAAGAUGGCCACCAAGAGCGUGGCCAACCUCUUCAUCGACGACACCAGCAGCGAAGUGCUGGAUGAGCUGUACCGCGUCACCAAGGAGUACACCCGCAACCGCAAAGAGUCCCAGAAGAUCAUCAAGAACUUGAUCAAGAUGGUGGUGAAGCUGGGAGUGCUCUACAGAAACAACCAGUUCAACACAGAGGAGCUGAUCCUGGUGGAGAACUUCAGGAAGAAAGUCCACACCCUGGCCAUGACGGCGGUCAGCUUCCACCAGAUAGAGUUCACCUUUGACCGCCGCGUCAUGAGCGCCAUUCUGAAUGAUUGCCGUGAGCUGCUGCACCAGGCCAUCAAACGCCACCUGACAGCCAAGAGCCACUCACGAGUCAACCACGUCUUCAAUCACUUUGCCGACUGUGACUUCCUGGCGGCUCUCUAUGGGCCUUCGGAGGUUUACCGCGCUCACCUGCAGAGGAUCUGUAACGGGGUCAACAAGAUGCUCGACGAGGGGAACCUCUGACCUUUACCUCUAGUCACCCUUCAUCUUACAGAUUUUUCUUUUUUUUCUUUUUUUUUUUUUUUAAGGUGACAAUCACGAACAUUUUUAUUUUUCAUUUGUUGCUUUUGUGUUUGUGUGUGCCUUUCAACCAUUACUGUAACCGUGAAAAUCUUGGCUAGUUACUCCAAAGUUUCUUCUCCAGCUUGACUUUUUCAAUUGUAAACCCAGCAGAUGUUUUUUUUUUUUAAACGAAUGUAAAACGUAAUGCUCUUAUCAUUAUAUUCAAGAGUAGAAGCUUUGACAACUGUGCCUUGAGAAAAAAAAACAUAUCUCCAUUCCAAGGGCACUAUGUUUGCUCUCUUACUUAAUCUAAAUGACAUGAAUCCAGGCACAGGCCUUCAGUUACAUCUCCGUAAGGUGCUUUUAAUGGACAAUAAUGGUUUGGGGAGCACCAGGAGAGGAAAGGAAGUGAAUUUAGGUCUUUUCCAAAUACCCAAGGACAUAAAAAAGUUAGGGUUUUUUUGUUCAUUUUUUUUCUAAACAUAGUAUUGCACUCAAUCCUGAACAAGCGCUGUACUGUACUUUCCUGCGAUAAUGAAACCAUGUGAAGCAUAGCAGUUGAGUAAUCCUGCUUAGUCUGCAUCUUACAGCUCUCACCAUCAUGCACUGAAGUCCACUUUGUAGAGAGGCAAGGCUUUUGUUUAGAAGGCACCUAUAAACCCAGUUUUGCUUUUAAUAGUCUGGUUUAUAGCCACCACAACAAAGAUGAAGUAUUUGGGUCAUAGGGGGGCCAUAAACAUGAAGGAAUUUGAUUGUGCUGUGUAUUGUUGAUUGUCUCUGCGCUGACUCGAACGUCUCUGUGGCUGUAUACACUCGUCUGCUCAGACAAACUUUUUCUUGUCUAGGAAUGUCAUAAUCGCAGCAGGGGAGCACGGCAGCACAAUGUGGCACCAGGUGCAAGAGGUCGCUCUGGCUCUUUGUCAGAGGGGAAUAAAAGUGCUUGUCAUAAGAAAUGUUGGAGCCCCAAGGUCAGCUGUGUUUUCAGAUUUAUCAGCCUUAGGUAUACUAAACUCUGAUUUCAAUUCUGAAUGAAAAAGACUCCACAAUGAGCAGCUGGAUGAAAAGGACCAGGCAGAGUAUACAGAGAUUAGAGCAGAGACAAACGCAGUACCUGAUUGUACUCUCCCUCCGCAAUUAUAGCUCUACUCUGGGGUAGUAUAAUGGCCUAUAGCCUGCCUCUGUCGAGCAGCUACUCCAUUUCACCACACAGCAGCCUCAUGUAAUGUGGUGAUAACCAUCUCUGUUUGCCCGACGCAAGUCCUUUUAAUGGAGUGAAAGAUGUUGUGUUUCAUCCUUUAUAAAGGAGCAUAUGAAUAGUUACUACUAUCCCUCCUCGAAAACCUCACAUAACUGUCUUUCCUUUUUGUCUAUGUGUUUUUGUAUCACUGAGCCUGUCUGGGAGAUUGUUUUGUGCCGCGGCCUCAUUUUGUAUUCUGCGUGUGAGCGUGUGUUUGUGUGCGUACCUGUGAGAGAAUUGGAAAUUGAGCCGUGUAAUAAGCACUGUGCUUUUCCAGAUAGGAUUGCUGAAACUUUAACUUCAUCCACAGCAGCUCUGCCAAAGAAAGGAAGACUGAUGUUACUCAUAAUGCAGUCUUUUUCCAGAGGAAUAUUUCGGAAAACAGUAUGCACUUGAUCAUUUUAACCCUGUUAAUGGUGAUAAUGAAGAUGAAGGUGGUGGCUGUUGUGGUUUCUUUUUUUUUAUUCGUCUUUUUAUUCCUUAGAUGACUUCCCCUGGCAUAUUCUCCUCCUUCCCAGAAAGAUUUAAUUUUAAUUAUAUUUGGAUGCCAUUAUCUCCAAUCCCUCCACAUCUCAGGGUUAGUUUGAGUCUCCCUCUGUUUAAAAAUCCAUGACAUAUUAAGUAGAUAUCACCACUGCAACAGCCCCACUUGUUUUAAUAAAGGCUUUUUAAGUGAAGCAUACUUUGCAUUUUUACUAUUGUGAAUUGUGUUUUUAUUUUCUCUCGUGUACAUAUGAUUGUUUUUGUGUCUCUGUAUUGUAUCCAGGCUCAACAAAUAUAACACAAUUUACUUUUUUAAAAGAAUAAAUUUCUUGUCUUAUUUCCUCAAUCGAGCACAGAGUGUCCUCCCAUUAGUAUGUUGGAGUUUUCUGGCCAGAUCAGGAGGUGGUGGUGGUGGUGGGGCUGGGAGUAAUCUGACUAUGCCUGACCUGGAUUUCACCGUUCAAAUCCCUUCCUCUUGCUCACAGCUUUUGUUAGGAAGCCACAAAAGCAAACACAAACUCAUCUUACUGACAAACAAUUCAUAGUUUUGGGUCAUUUUUUUCCACUUCCUGCAGGCCUACGCCACGUUCAAGGGCAGGACAGGAAAUGAGUAAGAUGGAAAGACUUUUCUGCUUCUGUAUUUGGAAACACUGAACUCAGCUGCAGUUUAAUUUCAAGUGUAGCUGGAUCAACACUGUGUGAAUACAGUUUGGGGUUAAUCCAUCAUUGAAUUUGCUGCUUCUGAGACUUGGGAAUUAUAAUUCGGCCUGUAGCACGUCUGCAGAUCCUCCCUGCAACACACUUGAAGGACUACCAAUUAUCAUCUAAUGUUCUUUAUCACAACAUGUUUUUUUUGUUUUUUUUGUGAAUGCCCCCUCGAGUUCAGAUUGUCUCUCUGUGUACUUUUUUUUUAUUAUUAUUUGACUGUGACGUCAACCUAAUGAAUCAUCCAUCCACCUGUCUUCUAUUUUAGGGCAGUUGUGUAAGAGGUAAAAGCAGAAUAAAGGAAGUAUUUGACAAGGAAAUAAAU